AUGAAGAAUAUGUUGCAGUUACGGCAUUUGGAUCUAUCUUUUAACAAUCUGGAAGGUGAAAUUCCCAACUCAUUACAGGUACUAUCAGAUCUCCAAUACUUUAAUGUGUCUUACAACAGAUUGAAAGGACCGAUUCCUCAUGGAGGGCCAUUCGCAAAUUUCACGAACCUAUCUUUUCUCUCAAAUGAAGCAUUGUGUGGCGCUCCUUGGCUCCAACCUUGUACAAGUACAUUUGAGCAUGAAUCAAGGACAAAAAGGAUAGUCAUGAUUGUUCUGUUGGCAUCAGGAUCUGUCAUAUUAGCCUUGGUAAUUUCAAUUUUUUUGAUGCGGUUAAAGCUGAGAAAGAAAAUUCUAGCUCCAACUCAGAACUUGCUUCCCAUGGCGACAUUUGAAAGGGCAUCCUUCCAUGAACUUAGACAAAUAACAAAUGGAUUCAGCGAGAGUAACUUACUUGGCUCGGGGAGCUUUGGUUCAGUUUACAAGGGAAUUCGCGAAAAUGGGAUGGUUUGGGCCAUAAAGGUAUUCGAUUUGCAGCUAGAAGGUGCAUUUAAAAGCUUUGAUAGAGAAUGUGAAGUCUUAAGCUGCCUUCGUCAUCGAAAUUUAACUAGAGUAAUUACUGCUUGCUCUAGCCUUGACUUUAAGGCUUUGGUGCUCGAAUACAUGCCCAAUGGAAGCCUUGAGAAAUGGCUUCAUGUAAACCAUCAUGUCCUAAGUAUCAUGCAAAGGUUGGAUAUCACGAUAGAUGUGGCUUCUGGUUUGGAAUAUCUCCACUAUGGUUAUUCAACUCCUAUAGUUCAUUGUGAUUUGAAACCUAGCAAUAUUCUCCUAGAUCAAGACAUGGUUGGGCAUGUUUGCGAUUUUGGAAUUGCAAAGUUGUUAGGAGAUGGAGAAUCGGUGGUACAAACAAAGACUCUUGCUACAUUUGGAUAUAUUGCCCCAGAGUAUGGACUGGAAGGAUUGGUUUCAACAAGUUGUGAUGUCUACAGCUUUGGAAUUACAUUGAUGGAGACAUUUACAAAAAGAAAGCCUAAGGAUGAGAUGUUCACAGAAGAGUUAAGCCUCAGGCGUUGGGUACAAGAUUGCUUACCAGAUUCUGUGAUUCAAGUUAUAGACAGAGACUUACUUCAUCCUGAAAAUGAACUGGUACAAAAGAAGAUUAACUGCAUAUCAUCUGUCUUGCAACUUGGUUUAAGUUGUACAACAGAUGCUCCUGAGGAGAGAAUAAACAUGAAAGAAGUUCUAAGAGCGCUGCAGAAGAUCAAACUCCAGUUUAUCAAAGACAUCAUGCCUUGA